CAGAGUCGUUUGUGAAGUGCCGCUGUGACCGGGGGGUGGGUGGUGGUGGUGGGGGUCGACCCGUCAACGUUCGCGCAACCACCCGGCCGCUGGGCAUCCAUUUAGCGUUAAUCCCCCUUUUACGCGUUUCUGUUGCGGCUGACAAUGGUUGACAAUCGCUACGCCACCGCUUUGGUCAUCGGCUGCGUCCUCAGCAUAUUGGCGACGGUUUAUUUGUCCGUGGCGAUCGGGACGCAGCACUGGUACCAGUACACCAGCCCCGCAGUGCGCGGCGAGGCCAACGUGUCCGAGUUGCGCUCCCUGCACGAGGAGUUCAUCGACGGCGAGUUUGAUGAGAAAACCUACAGCGACACCCUGUUCCGUCUGAACGGGACUAUGGGCCUCUGGUGGCGGUGUGUUCUGGUUCCCACCAGCGCCCACUGGUACAAGGAGCCAGAUGCCAAGAUGGUGAUGGAGUGUCGAAGCUUCACUUUGCCCCAGCAGUUCACCCCCAAGUACAAAGAACCGGGGAAUCACAACAGUGGAGAAGACAUGCUGCGCACCUAUCUGUGGAGGUGCCAGUUCCUGCUGCCUCUGGUAUCCUUGGGUCUCGUGGUGUUGGCAGGGCUGAUCGGGUUCUGCGCCUGCCUCUGUCGAAGUCUCAGCCCCACCCUGGGUAUAGGCGUACUUCACCUGCUGGCUGGACUGUGUAGCCUCGCCACAGUGUGCUGCUACCUUGCGGGGAUGGACCUGCUCCACAGGGUGUCGGUGCUGCCCGACAAGGUGGACGGCAUUCUGGGCUGGUCUCUCUAUCUGGCCCUCAUCUCCUCUCCGCUCCACAUGAUGGCUGCCGCGCUGUUUGUGUGGGCGGCGCGCAGCCACAGUCACAACUACUAUCGCAUGACCGCCUACCGGGUGGCCUAAACGCACCGCAAGAUAGGUCU